AGGGUGGAAAGGGAAGGCAAGGGAAGGCAAGGGUGGAUAGGAAUUCGCACCUUCGUAUACGAAGCACCACCACCGUCGACCACGCCGUUUUUAAUCAUCAAAGUCCCUCGUUCCCGCCCGACCUCGAAUUCCUCUCUUUCUCGUCAUUCCAUCCCGCCCUAGCCGACCUCUCGUUUCCGCCUUCCGGGUCUCGAGCGUGCCAUUUUUCCCUUUCGAUCAAAUCAAAUAGUCAACUCCCUCGCUUUGGUUGACCUUUUUCACCAUCUACCUUUCAGCAACCGACCAGCCCUUUUAAUCACCACCCUUUUGGAACCUGAAUCCGUCAUCACCUUUCCGUCGCUCCAAACUGUCCCUCACUCUUUCGGGACAUCUACCGCUUGGCACUGCUCAACCAUCGUCUCCUUUGGUUUUUUGAGCAAAUCUUUUGGACCCUACAGACAUACACAAUGAAGUCCUUCGCCGCUAUCUCGGCCCUGACGGUCCUGACCGUCGUCACGGCGAAGCCCACUGUUACUGAGCGCGAGGCACCCAUCAAGGCCCGCUCUGUCCCCGCAGUGGAAGUCUCCGGCAAUGCUUUCUAUGCUAACGGCGCUCGCUUCUUCAUCCGUGGUAUUGACUACCAGCCCGGUGGCUCGUCCGAGAAUGUCGACCCCCUGGCUGAUACCACCAUUUGCGGUCGUGAUAUUCCCAAGUUCAAGGACCUCGGCGUGAACACCAUCCGUGUCUACAGCGUCGACAACUCCAAGGACCACAAGGAGUGCAUGCAGAUGCUCGCCGACGCUGGCAUCUACCUCGUUGCCGACGUCAACAACCCCAAAUACUCCAUUAACCGCGCUGACCCCCACCCCUCCUACAAUGCUGUCUACCUCCAGAGUGUCUUUGCCACCGUCGAGGAAUUCGCAAAGUACGACAACACUCUGGCCUUCUUCUCCGGAAACGAGGUCAUUCACGAUGAAGCCAACACCACCUUGACCGCUCCCUACGUCAAGGCCGUCACCCGUGACAUCAAGAACUACAUGGCCUCCCGCGGCCUUCGCCAUGUCCCCGUCGGCUACUCUGCCGCUGAUGUUGCCGACAACCGCAUGCAGAGCGCUCAAUACUUCAACUGUGGUAGCGACGAUGCUCGCAGCGACUUCUUCGCUUUCAACGACUACUCGUGGUGCAGCUCCAACUUCAAGGAGUCUGGCUGGGACGUCAAGGUUAAGAACUUCACUGACUAUGGUAUCCCCAUUUUCCUGUCCGAGUACGGCUGCAACACCAACGUCCGUGACUUCGGUGAGAUCCAGGCCUUGAUGAGCAGCGAGAUGACGAGUGUCUACUCGGGAGGUAUGAUGUACGAGUACUCGAUGGAGGCCAACAAGUACGGCAUCGUCCAGAUCGAUGGAAACAACGUCGAGGAGCUUAAGGAGUACGGCAACUUCAAGAGCGCCUUGUCCAAGUACCCUGCCCCCACUGAUGACGCCGGUGCUGCCAAGACCUCGCACGCCGCUGCCUCGUGCCCUACCUCCGACUCAGUCUGGAUGGCCGACCCUACCAAGAUCCCUACUAUGCCUGAGGCGGCCGAGAAGUACAUGACUGCGGGUGCCGGUGAAGGUCCCGGCUUGAAGGGCGAUGGCUCUCAGACUGCCGGCGACAGCGCUUCCGAUGGCGACACUACUGGCGGUGUUCCCUCCCCCACCUCUUCCGGCGGCAAGUCUACUGGUUCUUCCAACGCUGCUGCUGGCAUGACCUUCGGUGGUCCCAUCGAGAAGGCCCCCUUGGCCAUUGCUGGUCUCGCCGCCAUGUUCACCAUGUUCGGUGCCUUCUUGUUGUAA